GAGCGCUCUUCCAGACUUUGUGUGUGUGUGUGAGAGAGAGAGAGAGAGAGAGAGAGAGAGAGAGAGAGUAAAAGCGCAAUCCCUCGGCCCCCAUUUCGUUUGGUUGCUGGAGAAGGACUCGGCGACAUCGCGCGCCGCCCAAAACCUCUCUUCUUCUCUUUGCUUUCGCCUCGACGAUAGCUUCUGCGGCGGUGACGUCUUCCAUGAGUCCUUCGAAGAGACCCAUCGACUCGGCCGACGGCGAAGGGUCGCCGGUUACGGCGAAGAAGCAGAAGCACGAGCCCGAAGAAUUCGAGCCAAGGAGUCAUCAACUCGCGGUAUACGAAGUGGCACUUCGGACGAACACGAUCGCCGUGCUGGAGACAGGUUCGGGGAAGACUAUGAUUUCCGUUAUGCUAGUAAAGCAUUUCGGGGAGGAGUUGAAGAAGCGCGGAGACCAGCGGCUCAUUCUCUUUCUUGCCCCCACCGUUCACCUCGUCGUUCAGCAAUACGAAACAAUAAAGGUUCACACCGAUGUUGACGUACAAUAUUGCUGUGGAGCCAAGGCGGUGGAUGCGUGGAGCAUUGCCUCCUGGCAGAAGGAAGUCUCCACUUACCAAGUAAUGGUCAUGACUCCACAAAUUUUGUUAGAUGUUCUGAGGAAAGGUUUCCUCAAUCUUGAUAUGGUCCACCUGAUGGUAAUUGAUGAGUGUCAUCAUGCAUUGGGCGACCAUCCCUACAAUAAAUUGAUGAAGGAGUUUUAUCACAAGUCUGUGCUGAAACCACAUAUAUUUGGAAUGACUGCAUCGCCUAUCUUGAGGAAAGACUGCAUGGAUGAGCUAGGCCUAGUCUGUGCUAUUGAGGCUACUAAGAUCUGUAUAGAUGCUGUAAGUUCUUCAAAUUCUACUGAUCGUCACGACUUUGUCAUGGUGAAUGUAGCUCAGUGCAAAUCUUUUCUUGAGGAAGUAUUGCAAAAACUUGCAGAAAGAUUGCCAGCAGAUUUUGAACUACUUUUGAAGACUGAAAAUGAUUGUGCAGCGGCUGUACAAAAGGGUUACAUCUCUUCAAAGCUAUAUGAACUUAUUCAAAUCAUUCGGUCUCUUGGGAUGCCCAGCCAAGUAGUCUGCCUCAUCUUUGUUGAAAGAAAUAUUACUGCUAAAGUUUUGGAAAGGUUUAUUAAGAAAGUUUGUUUUUUAUCACAUUUCACUGUGUCAUACUUGGCUGGAGGGUCUUCUUCAGUUGAUGCACUAACCCCAAAAACGCAAAAGGAUACUCUGGAUUCCUUUCGUUCAGGGAAGGCAAAUUUACUAUUUACCACUGAUGUCGCUGAAGAGGGUACCGAUGUGCCAGAUUGUUCAUGUGUAAUCCGUUUUGAUUUGCCGAAAACAGCUCGUAGUUACAUUCAGUCUCAUGGCCGAGCUCGACAAGCUGGUUCUCAUUACGUUAUCAUGCUUGAACGUGGGAAUUUGCAACAAAGAGAUUUGUUAUUUGAUAUCAUCAAGAAUAAGCAUUCAACGGUUGACAUCGCAUUAAACAGAGACCAAGACUCCCUUGUAUCUAUAGUGUCUAUUAAUGAAGAUUUAGGUGCUUAUUAUGUUGAUUCAACUGGAGCAAGUGUUACUGCUGACUCUAGUGUCAGUCUCAUAAAUACAUAUUGUCAAAACCUUCCAAGAGACAAGUACUUCACUCCCAAACCAAUUUUCAGGUUCACUUUGGAUGGCGGGUACUAUGAGUGCACAAUAACUUUGCCUCCAAAUGCUGCAAUUCAGACAAUAGUUGGUCCAGCUAAUCAAAAUUCACAUGUAGCAAAAAAGCUUGCAUGCCUGGAGGCUUGCAAAAGACUACAUCAAUCAGGAGCACUUAAUGAUCAUCUUCUUCCUUGUGUUCAAGAGCACUUGGAUGAUGUGAAAGCUGAAAAAACUGGGGAAUCAGCUAAAGGAGCAGGAACGACGAAGAGAAAAGAAUUGCAUGGAAGUAAUUUUGUACCGAAAAGAUCUAAUGGUAAGAAUGUGUCUCUAAAUCAUGUUCACAUGCCUCCAGAGCUUCUAGUUGAUAUUGAUGUACCAUACGAAGUCUUGAAAUCUUUUUACUUGCUACCUUCUUUGAUGUACCGAGUGGAAUCCUUGAUGUUAGCCUGCCAACUAAGGAAGGAAAUUUCUUUCUGUUCUAGCAAUCCUAUACCAAGCUUCCUGAUUUUGGAAGCAAUUACUACGCUGAGAUGUUGUGAAGACUUCUCCAUGGAGCGGUUGGAACUAUUAGGGGACUCCGUUUUAAAAUAUGCAGUGAGUUGUUCUCUCUUUCUAAAAUUUCCUGGGAAACACGAAGGGAAAUUGUCCUCCGACCGGAUAAAAAUAAUUCGUAAUGCCACUCUUCAUAGCUUGGGAACUAAACGUGGCAUACAGGGUUACAUACGUGAUGCUGCAUUUGAACCUCGUAGAUGGGUUGCUCCUGGACAUAUUUCAAUACACCGUGUUCCUUGUAAAUGUGGAUUAAAUGACAAUGAAGUGCCAAAUAUAAUUUUGGAUACAAUUAGUGACAAGUCUAUUGUGAUAGGAAAGGCAUGUGAUAGAGGACACAGGUGGCUCUGCUCAAAAACAAUAUCAGAUUGUGUCGAGGCUCUGAUAGGUGCAUAUUAUGUUGGUGGUGGGCUACCUGCUGCUCUUGCAUUUAUAAAGUGGCUAGGAAUUGAUACCGAGUUUGAGCCUGAUAUGGUUGAGGAGGCUAUAAGAACUGCAUCAGGUUGGACAUACCUUCCCAAAAUUCAUGAAAUAGAAACACUGGAAUCAAAAAUUGGCUACAAGUUUACUGUCAAAGGUCUUCUUCUGGAAUCUAUUACCCAUGCAUCUCAGCAAGAAUUAGGAGUCUUCUUCUGCUAUCAGCGUCUUGAAUUCUUGGGUGACUCAGUUUUGGACCUGCUCAUUACGUGGCAUCUCUUUCAGCGCCAUAAAGAUAUUGACCCUGGGGAAUUAACUGAUUUAAGAUCUGCAUCAGUAAAUAAUGAAAAUUUUGCUCAAGUAGCUGUCAGGCAUAAGCUUCAGCAGCACCUCCAACAUAAUUCUGGAUUACUUUUAGAGCAAAUAACAGAGUUUGUCAAGAGACUUGAGGAUUCAGAUGAAAACAAGUAUAUGCUUUUGUCAAAUGGUUCAUCUAAAGUACCUAAGGUCCUUGGAGACAUGGUUGAAAGUAUUGCCGGUGCCAUAUUGAUAGAUACAAAGCUUGAUUUAGAUAAAGUAUGGGAAAUUUUUGAGCCAUUACUCUCCCCAAUUGCAACUCCAGAGAACCUUGAGUUGCCACCUCUACGUGAACUUACUGAAUUAUGUAGCCACCAUGGUUACUUCUUGAAUACAACAUGCACAAAUGAGGGGGACAUGAAUGUUGCUGUUCUUGAGGUACAACUGGAGGAUGUUCUGUUGGUAAGGGAAGGUCGUGAGAAGAAUAAAAAAGCUGCAAAAGGGCAAGCAGCAUAUUUGCUGUUGAAGGACUUGGAAGAAAAAGGAUUUUUGCACUCCCGGUAUGCCUCCAAAGGGACACAAGCUGAAGAAAAGAUUGCAAGCCACAAAGAAUCUGUUGAAAAAUCUGGUAGUUUAAUGUUGGAUAUUGAGAUUCCUACGCCAGCAAAGCAUGGUGAAGUAGUCAAUUCCAAGAAUGUUUCUGUUCCCAGCCCAGGUAAACCAGUGGCUUUGACAGUCAAAAUGCAAAAAGGUGGGCCUCGAACUGCACUGUAUGAACUCUGCAAAAGAUGUCAAUGGCCAAUGCCUAGCUUUGAAACAUUAGAGUGGAAGCCAAGUGGCGACCAGAUGAAUGAAUGUACCGAAGGGGGAGACGCCAACCGUCACAUGUUUGUAUCAGGCAUAACGCUGCAUAUACCAAAUUCCACCAUCAUCAAACGCAAGGGGGACCGGCGUCCUGAUAAGAAGAGUUCACAAGAUUCUGCAGCACUAACCAUGCUUUAUGAGCUUGAGAAACUGGGCAGGUGCCAGAUUGAGGCGCAACAACCGGCCGAAGGUGAAGUAGUCAAUUCCAAGAAUGUUUCUGUUCCCAGCCCAGGUAAACCAGUGGCUUUGACAGUCAAAAUGCAAAAAGGUGGGCCUCGAACUGCACUGUAUGAACUCUGCAAAAGAUGUCAAUGGCCAAUGCCUAGCUUUGAAACAUUAGAGUGGAAGCCAAGUGGCGACCAGAUGAAUGAAUGUACCGAAGGGGGAGACGCCAACCGUCACAUGUUUGUAUCAGGCAUAACGCUGCAUAUACCAAAUUCCACCAUCAUCAAACGCAAGGGGGACCAGCGUCCUGAUAAGAAUAGUUCACAAGAUUCUGCAGCACUAACCAUGCUUUAUGAGCUUGAGAAACAGGGCAGGUGCCAGAUUGAGGUGCAACAACCGGCCGAAAGAAUUCCAUGAACAUUUUUGGUGCGUGUUGUGUGUGCGUUUGUGUGUGUGUAUAUAUAUA